CCUACUACUUACUAAUGAGUUCAUGAUAAAGCGCUGACCAGCAUAUGCGGAAGAAGGAAGGUGUCGGAAGGAAGUGAAUAAAAUGCAACAGGUUAAUUAGUGUCAACAGCGUGACCAGCGGGAGACAGCCACCGCGGAGAGCUCUCAAAACAAAACUACAGCCCAUUUAGGACGCAAAUAUGACAACGAACAAAGGAUUUUGCGCGUCCGUUUGUCGCUGUUUUUUUGAGUAUUCAACUCCGCAAAUUCUCGUCAUCAGGAGUACCAAAGUUGGGACCCUCAAUAGAAUUAUUCAAGCUCUGGUGCUGGGAUACGUGAUCGGGUAUGUCUGCGUUCUCAAGAAAGGAUACCAGGAUACCGACGGCGUCCUGAGCUCUGUCACGACCAAGGUGAAGGGGGUAGCCGUGACCAACACGUCUGAUCUGGGACUGCGUGUCUGGGACGUGGCGGACUACAUCAUUCCGCCGCAGGAAGAAAGUUCCUUCUUUGUGCUCACCAACCUGAUCAUGACUUUGAAUCAAACUCAGUCUCACUGUCCAGAGCUGCCGAAUGUUGGGUUUGACUGCAUCACCGACUCAGACUGCAAGGCUGGUCUCAGCAACACCAGAGGAGACGGUGUCCAGACAGGGAGGUGUGUGAACUUCUCGAGUGUGGCUAGGACCUGCGAGGUUCUGGCCUGGUGCCCUCUGGAGCUGGACAUGCAGCCGCCUGACCCUCCAAUGCUGGCAGGUGCUGAGAACUUCACCGUGCUCAUUAAGAACAGCAUCCGCUAUCCCAUGUUCAACUUCAAUAAAAGGAAUAUCUUGCCACACGUGAACAAGACCUACCUGCAGCAAUGUGUGUUCAACCGAGUCACAGACCCAGACUGCCCCAUCUUCAGGCUCAGAGACGUGACCACGGAGGCUGGGGAGGACUUCCAGACCAUGGCUGUUCACGGGGGCAUCAUGGGAGUGCAGAUCAGCUGGUUCUGUGAUCUGGACUUGCCAGCGAGCUGGUGCGUGCCCAAGUACACCUUCCGUCGUCUGGACAACAAGGACCCAGAGAACAAUGUGGCACCUGGAUACAACUUCAGAUUUGCAAAGUACUACAAGACUAAUAAUAACAAGGAGACAAGAACACUAAUCAAAGGAUUUGGAAUCCGCUUUGAUGUGAUGGUGUUUGGUCAGGCUGGGAAAUUCAACAUCAUUCCAACACUGCUGAACAUCGGCGCUGGCCUGGCACUUCUGGGCUUGGUAACUGUGGUUUGUGACUUGAUCGUCCUGACAUGUAUGACAAAACGGAAUCUCUACAAGGAAAAUAAAUAUUCAUAUGUAGAUGACUUUGAAUUGCUUCCACAUGGAACGCCAUGAGUCUCUGCUGGGGUUAGGGUUAGUUAGGCCCCAAACUGCAUUCCCCUAACCCUGCUGGGGCUGGUUACUGCAACACAUCCUGAACAUUUCUCUUCAGAAUAAUGGAUUUAUUCAACUGUAAACAGACAUGUAUAUUUUUUUGGCUUUGUCUCAAAUGUUUGAGUGAAAUAAAUGCCUGGAGGCAAAAUCUGGACAGU